AUGGUGAGGGGAGGCAACGGAUUUCCUAUUCAUGUCAUCUUAGUAGAUUCUAGUACAGGCAGGGUUGUGCAAUCUGGACCCUUGUCAGUGCUAGAGUUGAUGGUGACGGUGAUUGGAGGUGACUUUGAUGAAGAAGCUGGUGAAAAUUGGACUAAAGAGUUUUUUCGGAGUAAUGAAAUAAGGGGGCGAGAUGGGAAGAUGCCACUCUUGACGGGUGAUCUCUCAGUGAUCCUCAAUAAAGGCAUAGGGAGAUUGCAUGCUAUCACUUUUAAUGACGUAUCAAGCUGGACAAGAAGUGGAAAAUUUAGGCUUGGAGUAAAAACUGCAACGGCUUGUUGCGAGGGAAUCCGUGUCCUUGAGGGCACAUCUAAUGCCUUUGCCGUGGAAGAUGAAUCCAUAAUCCUAGAAAUGGAGUAUGCUUGA